GGAGAACGAGAGACUGUCUAUUGCCAUCCAAUCACAUAUCACUGUUAGCAUCUUUCCAACUUUGUCACAGCCAAUCAAUAAAGCCUAAUCCCAUCAUUGCCUCUGUUGACAGCCAGUCACUAUCAUCCAUUUUCAACUUUUUUAUACGUAUAUGCAUCAAUCACGUAUCAGUAUGUGUAUCUUUACCUCACAGUUCAGCCAAUCAAUAAAGUCAAUUUCCGAAAUCGUCGUCUCCUUGCCUUUGUUGACAACCAAUCACUGCAUCGUUUCCAUCUACCUGGCGGAGCAUCGCCAGCGGUUUCCAGCGGUUUAGAAAGAAAGUUGUCCCGGAUUUACUUUGAAUUUCACGUUUCCAACUAGAGAUGGCUUCCAAGCACAAGAAGCACAGGGCUAUGAGUGAGGGUGAAUGGAUGGCCCGCCUGCGCAGAUUUGCCACACAGGGGGUCUGGCCUUCUGAGGCGGGAAACAGACCGGCACCACGGCAGAAGAAAUGGCAUGACCUGUAUCAAAAGAUUGAGAAGUGUCCACUGCAACACAGGGGGCAAAUGUCUCUGUUUGGGGGGACACAGACAUGUGACUGUGGUUUCCAUACAAAAAAGCCUUCCAGUUUGGCCCCUGUUUCAUCCACACCAUCCACGUCACCACCUGUAACACCAAGGCAGUCAGAAACAACAUCUGGAAAGGCAACUUUAAAGCAUACUUUAACUUUGGCAUCGGUAAAUGCAUGUCUUUGCAGAUAUUUAUAUUAUCAUAUGUUAUAGCAUUUUAUGACUAGGUAUGCUUCACAUAAUGUUACUAAUUUCUUUUUGUCAGUUUACAAAGCCGCGGUUUGGUGGUGUCCAUGGUGCAGCUUUAAAGCCAAAUCUAGGUGUUGCAAGGACGCAUGCAACCAAGGUGUAGUAAAAAAAAGGAACAUUUCAUUCCAUAAAGAUAUGCAGAGUUUAUCUAAUCAUCGUUACUGCAAUACCUGAAAAUUGUAAACUGCCAUCUCUUAAUCUUGCAGCCUAUUAGCACUUCUUCAUUGCCCAGCCCUGCACCUAGGAGAACAUCUCAUGCUUGCAGUCCCAGGCUGUAUAUUCAGACCGUCUCCCCCCUGCUGUUCCUCCUUCUUCUGUGUCUGAAGCCACCUCUUCUUCCUGUGCUCCAGGAGCUGCUUCUAGAGUUGUGAGAAACUCUUUAAUUUAAUUGUUUUCUUCACACUAAUAUUAUUGGAUCACAUAAAUAUGCUACAUUCCUCAUAAGUGGCUUGUAAUUAUGUCUAUGUGUUUGUCUUUUUUUUAAUACAAUAGGAAGUGUCAGCCGCUUCCUCUUCUGGGACGUCCUCUGAUCCUCUCACCCCUGUGAUCAGCUCCACCUGUGUUUCCUCUGCUGCUCCAUCUGUGGCUGGAUCCUCUGUCCAACCUGCUGAGGAUAGGGUGACCGCUCCAGGUUCAGAGUCUGGAUGGCUUCCCACAAAGUUGAUGAAAACCAUACCACUACAGGAUCAGAAGUGGAUUUCAGCAGCUUUGUGGAAGCAACAUCGGCUUCGUACCGACCUGAAGCUGUGGUAUGAUCCACCAGAGCCAGCUCCAGAGCGUUUCUUUACACACAGGCUUCUACUCUGGAUGCCAUACAACCUCUGGAAGGUCAGGAUGUCCUGUCCUGUGUGUGGGAGACAGCUCGCAGGCUAUGGGGCACACAAGAGAGCCCGCCAGGUUCUGGAUGUGGACCGCUUCUAUCUAAUGAUGACAGAGACUCUCUGGUGCAGUGGGUGCAAAGCGGCCUUUAUUUCCACCAACAAGGCCAUCUUGGACCAGCUGGACUCAGCUCACAGACUGGAAUUUAGGCUGAUCCUAACUCGAAAGUGAGUAUACUGAGAUUAUUUAGCUUGUGUAACAAAUGUUUGUCAUUUAAAACACAAUUGAGAUGAGCUGGUUUUAAUGUUUGUGUCUUUCUGUCUCUCUUUCACUUUGUUUCAUUCAGGUAUGCCUGUGACAUGUGGGUCAUAAGGUUCCUCAGGGAGAGGGCCCUGGGCAACAGCCCUUCUCGCUUAGUGAGGCAGCUGCGGGAGAACCACAGCGAAGAGUGGCUGAAGCGCCUUUGCCGAUACCUUGGUGCCUGCUCAGACUUCACCUCCCAGUCAAGCCUGCUUCCUGUGAGGUUUCAGGAGCCACCUGAGCCUGAAACUAUCCCCUCCCACAGGUGGAUGCUGGCUGUUUAUGGGCGAGAUAUCUUGUGCAGGAUUGACCACAUUAAAGCCAGCAUAACCUCCACAUAUGGAUGCAUCCUGAAGAUGGACUCCACCAAAAAGAUCACAAAGAAGCUGUCGGGGUUUGCAAAGGGGACAGCAUUGUGGCUAACAUCUGUCAGCAAUGAGGUGGGCCAAAUCCUCAUUAGUGUUCUGACAGCUCAGGAGGGUCCAGCCCUGGACCGAAUGGCAGCUGACCUCAUCCGGAGGUACACUGAUGCAGGUGUGGCUCCGCCUCAGCUCCUUUAUGUGGACUGCGAUUGCUGUCGGGAGGGCACUGGGCAGACCAAGCUCAAGCAGCGAUUUGGUGGGUGGCCAGACUUGGUGGUGAAGCUGGACAUCUACCACUUCAUGCGGCGACUGGCAGCUGGGUGCACUAAGGAUGCACAUCCUCUUUACCCCAUUUUAAUGGCACGCAUGUCUUCCUGUAUUUUUGAAUGGGACAGUGGGGAUGUGUCUCUGCUGAGGCAGGCCAAGAGGGAGCAGCUGAGACAUGAAGGUAUCCCUAACAUCACCGACAAUAUGGUGGAUCAACGGAUCACCAAGGAGGAAUUGGCCCUGCACUGCCGAAGGCGGACAAGAGGAGAGAAGCAGACCAUCUUGAUGAUUGAGCACCUCCUCAGUGAGCUGAUGGGGGUAAAGGGUCGAGACCUUCUUGGUGUCCCUCUUUUGGACCAGCAGAGGAUGCAGAACAUCUGGCAACUCCAGAAGAAGCACGUAAAGUGCAUUCAGGACGAACCAGGUGUGCUGCUCUACACACAGACCGGCACCACCACCAAAAAUGGUAUUGUGCUGCCAAAUUACAGAUGUGCAAGGGGCUCCACAUCACUGGAGUCCUUUCAUCUCCAUCUGAACAGGUUCAUUCCAGGAACAAGUGCCAACAGCUUGAAUUUCCAGCUGUACCUCCUGGAAGGCCUAAACAGAUGGAAUCAAGACCGUAAAAUGGCAUCUCUGGCAGGCAAACCUCCAUCCAUGUUAAGCUACUCCGGGGACCUGAUGCACUGUGUCAACACCCAAAGUGUUAAGGUACUUGGAAGAGAGCUUGCACCAUCUUUUCAGCCACCAUCUGUCUAUACUGGUGAACUCAUAGGUAUAGAUUACCUGUACCGUCAAACAGGGCAGGCCUUACAGGAUUUGGAUCCUGACAUCUGAUCAGAUGUUGGAGGAUGUGGGCACAGAGGAGGAGUUGGAGGAUGAGGGCUUCGGAGAUAUCAGUUUGGACCUCAACCUGGAUCCCACUAUUGAGGCGCU